AACAAUAAGACAGACAGUCACCCCUGCUGCCCUGCUCAUAUAAGUACGAGUAUCCCGUUCUGAUUUCACCCCCAAGUCGACUUCGGUCGUCGAGCAUCCAUUUCUGAAAUUCUGAACUUGGGUUGAUUUGCUACCAAAAUGUUCUCUUCCAAAGAAAUUUCCACCUCCGCAUCCACUUUGUUCUCCGCCUACGCCUCCCUCGCCGCCUCCAUGAUGCUGAUCCGCUCCAUGGCCAACGAGCUCCUCCCCCCCCAGCUUCGCUCCUACCUCUUCUCCGCCUUCACCUACUUCUUCACCCCUCUCUCCUCCACCCUCACCCUCGUCAUCGAUGAGCAAUGCGGCAUGGUCCGCAACCAGGUCUACGACGCCGCCGAGAUCUACCUCCUCACCAAGAUCAGCCCCAACACCGACCGCCUUCGCGUCAGCAAAACCCAGCGCCAAAAGCACCUCGGCGUCGCCAUCGAGAAGGACGAGGAGAUCACCGACACGUUCGAGAACCUCCAGCUCAUAUGGCGGUUCGUCUGCACCGAACCCAAGAACCAACACUCCAGCGAGCGGCGUUGCUACGUGCUCAUCUUCAACAAGAAGUUCAAAGACAAGGUGUUCGACUCUUACCUUCCGUACGUUCUGCUCAGAGCCAAAGCCAUUUUAGAGGAACAGAAGGUGGUCAAACUGUAUAGCCGCGAGUGCCCGUACGACGACGAAGACGGAUCGGGGGGUGGGGGCGUGUGGGGAUCGAUCAAUCUAGAGCAUCCAUCCACGUUUGACACUUUGGCCAUGGAUCCCGAGCUCAAGAAGUCCAUCAUUGACGAUUUGGACAGGUUCGUGAGGAGGAAGGAGUUCUACAGGAAAGUAGGAAAGGCUUGGAAGAGAGGGUACCUGUUGUAUGGUCCACCUGGCACGGGUAAAUCGAGCUUGAUCGCUGCCAUGGCUAAUUACCUCAAGUUCGAUAUCUAUGAUUUGGAGCUGACCAGUAUUUUCUCCAACUCCGAUCUGAGGAGGGUUUUGUUGUCCACGACCAAUAGGUCUAUUCUCGUGAUUGAGGAUAUAGAUUGUAGCAUGGAGAUGCAGGAUCGGCAAAAUCAGGGUGCUGAGUAUCAACCCCGUUCCAAGUUUACGCUCUCGGGUCUGUUAAACUUCAUAGACGGUCUGUGGUCGAGCUGUGGGGACGAGCGAGUCAUAGUGUUCACCACAAACCACAAGGAUCGGCUCGACCCUGCGCUGUUGCGUCCGGGUCGAAUGGACGUGCACGUCAACAUGUCAUAUUGCACCAGCCGUGGCUUCAAACUCUUGGCCUCGAAUUACCUCGGCCUUCAUCAUCGUAGCUCCCACCAUUUGUAUAGAGAAAUCGAAGGCCUAAUAGACAGCACCGAGGUGACCCCGGCCGAGGUUGCCGAGGAGCUUAUGAAGAGCGAUGAUGCCAAUGUUGCUUUUGCAGAGCUUGUGAAUUUCCUCAAACGUAAGAAGGCUGCAAGCGAGAAGGUCAAAGAAGAAGGGAGUGACAACAAUGAAGAUCAAGAGGCAAAGAGGUUGAAAACUGAUGGUAAUGUUAAGAAAAUCAGAAUCGUUAGAAACACAAGGAGUAGAGGUUUAAGAGGUGUAAGAGGAAGAACUCGUGGGCGAUGAGCCAACAAAAUAUGAACAUUUGAGUGUA